AUAAUCUCGCGUCCCCGCCCCACGGAGGGAGCACGUGGUUUGGGACUGUUGCAGGGUACCUUCUUCCUUUCCCGCCCCGCAUAGUUUCCCCUCCCCUCCAACGUCCCCCCUUUCUUCACGAUGGCCGCACCCGCAGAGCAACCCCCACACUCGGGAGGGGUGAAACGAAGAGGGAAGGCCCAGUACGUGCAGGCUAAAAGGGCCCGGCGCGGGGGUGGCGGCGGCGGCCCGAGGCAGCUCGAGCCGGGACUUCAGGGCAUCCUCAUUACCUGCAACAUGAACGAGCGCAAAUGCGUGGAGGAGGCCUACAGCCUUCUCAACGAGUACGGGGACGACCUGUACGGGCCUGAGAAGUUUGUAGACAAGGAUAAGCAACCAUCUGGAAGUGAGGAGGAAGAGGAAGAUGAUGCAGAAGCUGCCUUGAAGAAAGAAGUCAGUGAGAUUCAGGCCUCUACAGAAUUGAGGUUAAGACGAUUCCAGUCAUUGGAAAGUGGAGCAAAUAAUGUGGUCUUCAUUAGAACACUUGGCAUAGAACCUGAGAAACUUGUCCAUCAUAUCCUGAAGGAUAUGUACACAACCAAGAAGAAGAAAACACGGGUUAUUCUGCGCAUGUUGCCUAUAUCUGGCACAUGCAAAGCUUUCUUAGAAGAUAUGAAAAAAUAUGCUGAAACCUUUUUGGAACCUUGGUUUAAAGCACCAAAUAAAGGGACAUUCCAGAUUAUUUACAAAGCGCGAAAUAAUAGCCACAUGAGCAGAGAAGAAGUUAUUAAAGAACUAGCAGGCAUAGUGGGCUGCCUCAAUCCUGAAAAUAAGGUUGAUCUUAGUAAUCCCCAGUAUACCAUCGUGGUGGAAAUCAUUAAGGCUGUCUGCUGCCUGAGUGUUGUCAAAGAUUACACGUUGUUCAGAAAAUACAACCUUCAGGAAGUGGUCAAGAGUAACAGAGAGGGGUCUCAGCCAAACCCUGGCCAGGAUGCACAAGUAAGAAAUGGAAACAAGACAAAACUGGAGUUCAGAAACACUGAGAAGGAGAAUCUCAAAUCAAAUGAAAGUGACUCUGCAGAAGACAAAAAUAAUCCCCAGGUGGUAGUAGAGGGUAGCAAAGAGGUGGGGCCGCUUUCUGAGACCCAGAUAGAAGGUGAGAAAGGGGCCAAAUCUGAAAAUGGAAGCCAAGUUAUAGAAGGUUCUAAAUCGACUGAAAGCGACCUGGCCUUGGAGAAAAAUUAGUCAGUUGAGGCAGGAAGUAGUAAGAGAAGAGGCUUAUUCCAAAGAUGGGCACAAAAUAAGCAACCAAGUUGAGAAUGUUAAUGCAUAAUGAAACUUGCCCGGGAGGCAAGUUUAAUCUAAAGUUUUUCAAAGUUAUGGAAGUAUGAGAAAUAUGUACAACACCAUAUUUCACCAGCAGCUCCAUUGGUUGAUUCAUUAGUGGACAGAAUAGUGUGGUUAUCCCCCCCACAGGGAGUGAUUAAUUGGUUAAAUUGCUUAUUUACUCCCAAAAGAAUUUUUUCAUCAUCUAGACUGGAAAUAGCUUGGGGACAACAUCCAAAAAUUCCUAAAAGAGAAUAGGAUUUUAGUUUUUGGACCACUGUUUAAAGACUGGAAGGUUAAACAUGUUAGAACUUUUCAUACAUGAGCAAGGUUUAACUUAGAAGUUGUUAGAUUGUUAGAAUGUCCACUUUUUUCAGGAUUUGUGUGGAAUAACUUGAAGGAAAGAUUUAUGCACAUUAUUAGCAGCAUCACCUAGGGAAAUAGGGGGGAAAAUGCUUUUUAUAUAGAGUUCCGGCUGAUGCCCAGUGUCAAGGAACAAGGUACUUUAAUGGCAUAGAAGCACGAGACUCAGGAUCCCAUGGAAUUGAAAGACAUCUAAAUGUUUAAAGACAGCCCCAUUCAUCUAGAAUGUACUUUGUCUCUUAUAUGUUGCCAUAAAGUUGGGUCCCCUUGACAUCUGACAUGUUAAUUUUGAGAGCUCUUC